UUAUACACGCCAAUGGUUAUGUCAAUAUUUUUAAGUAUGGAGCGAUGUAUUUCUGCACAGCAUGCAACCUUUUAACAAAGAGCUCGUGUGACACUCCCCUCUUGGCGCAAUGAACCACACAUUCGGCUCGCUUUCUUCCCAUAAUGCAACGCAACAGUCAGCCCGAUUGAGCCGCCAUGUUGUCGGAGUGAAAGCUAGGGAGUCGGAGAGUUCUGGGGCUGAAAUCCGUUACCAUCCACCCACUCCGCCUGUGCUGGUGGAAUGAGCGUUGCCUGUGUGUUGAAGAGAAAAGCAGUGCUCUGGCAGGACUCCUUCAGCCCCCACCUCAAACAGCCCCCCCUCGAGACCAUCCAUCCCAGCAUGCCCGUGGUGCUGACGACAGGAUCGGGCGCCCCCGCCGCGGGGCAGACCCCUCAGGCCGCGCCCCCCAGCCAGGCGCACUCGGGCCAGGUGCCCGGCGGGGCCGGGGGGGCCGGACGCUCCCAGGACGACGCCAUGGUGGACUACUUCUUCCAGCGGCAGCACGGCGAGCAGCCGGGCGUCGGCUACAACAACGGCAAGCACCGCUGGCCCACAGGAGACAACAUCCACUCUGAUAACCAGGUGCGGUCAAUGGAUGAACUGAACCACGAUUUCCAGGCCCUGGCGCUGGAGGGGCGAGCCAUGGGAGAGCUCCUCCCGGGGAAAAAGUUCUGGGAGUCGGACGACUCCAGUAAAGACGGACCCAAAGGGAUCUUCCUGGACCAGUGGAGGGACAGCGCCUGGGGGGCCUCAGACCACUCGGUCUCUCAGCCUAUCAUGGUGCAGCGCCGGCCAGGCCAGGGUUUCCAUGGCGGCAGCGAGGUGGGGUCGGUGCUGUCCCCGCGCUCGGAGAACGGCGGCCUGGGCGUCAGCAUGGUGGAGUACGUGCUCAGCUCCUCCCCCGCUGAGAAGCUGGACUCCUGCCUGCGCAAGGGAGCGUUUGGGCCCCGGGACCCCGAGUCGGAGGACGGGGAGAAGCGGGAGAAGCCCAAGGCCUCCUUCGAUGCGGACAAGCUGAAGGAGCUGAAGGAGGUGGAGAGCGACGUGAUGGACAACCCCAACGGGCUCCCCGUGCAGAACGGCAUCGACGUGGACGUGAAGGAUUUCAGCCGCACCCCGGGGAACUGUCCCCUGCCGGGGGCGGAGGUGGAUCUGCUGGGGGCCGGGCAGGGCCCCUCGGAGGGCCUGUCCCAGCUGGCCAGCAGCAACGGGCCCAAGCCCGUGGAGGACUUCUCCAGCGUGGAGUCCCAGAGCGUUCCCCUCGACCAUAUGGAGUCUGUGGGCAUGGAGCCGCUGCAGUUCGAGUACCCCGCCAACCAGAUGCCCAUGGACUCUGCAGGGGCCACCGUGGGGCUGUUUGACUACAACUCCCAGCAGCAGCUGUUCCAGAGGCCCAAUGCGCUGGCUGUGCAGCCUCUGACCGCCGCCCAGCAGCAGCAGUACGCCCUGGCGGCCGCACAGCAGCCUCACAUCGGUCUGGCCCCCGCUGCUUUCGUCCCGAACCCUUACAUCAUCAGCGCCGCCCCUCCCGGUACCGACCCGUACGCGGCGGGCCUGGCCGCCGCCGCCACCCUGGGCCCCGCGGUGAUGCCCCACCAGUACUACGGGGUCACUCCCUGGGGCGUGUACCCCGCCAACCUCUUCCAGCAGCAGGCGGCUGCGGCUGCAGCGUCCAACUCGGCCAAUCAGCAGGCGGCCAACCAGAAUCAGCAGAACCAGCAACAGGUGAUGCGCGCGGGAGGGAACCAGCGGCCGCUCACCCCCAACCAGAGCCAGCAGGGCCAGCAGAACGACCAACUGGUGGCAGCCGCUGCCGUCAACUCCGCCCUGGCGUUCGGGCAGGGCCUGGCCGCGGGCGUGCCUGGUUACCCGGUCCUCGCUCCAACUGCCUAUUAUGACCAGACGGGGGCGCUGGUGGUGAACACAGGAGGUCGCAGCGGCCCUGUCCGCCUGAUGGCUCCCGCCUCUGUCAUCAUCAGCCCGACCGCAGCGCAAGCCGCAGUGGCGGCAGCGGCCUCGGCCAAUGGGGCGACGGGAGGCUUGGCGGGCGGGGCCAACGGGCCGUUCCGGGCCCUGGGCUCCCAGCAGCAGCCGCAGCCCCAGCCGCAGCCGGGCGGCACCAUGGCCUCCAGCUCCUUCUACGGCAGCAGCUCCAUGAGCUCCAGCUCCCAGAGCAGCUCCCUGUUCUCCCAGGGCUCGGCCCAGCCCGGCAGCACCUCGCUGGGCUUCGGGGGCGGCGGGGGCUCCUCCUCCCUGGGGGCCACUCUGGGAGCCACGCUGGGAGGAUUCGGGACUGCAGGUGCGUUCCCCCGCCCCUCGCGCCCCUCCAGCCACCACAGAGUGGCCAACUCGAACACGGGCAGCGGCUCCCGUCGCGACUCCCUUACCAGCAGCUCGGACUUGUACAAGCGCACGCCCAGCAGCCUCACUCCCAUUGGACACAGCUUCUACAACGGCCUGGGGUUCUCCUCCUCGCCCGGCCCAGUGGGCAUGCCCCUCCCCAACCAGGGCCCCAGCCACUCGCUGACUCCGCCCCCCUCCCUGUCCACCCACGGCUCCUCCUCCAGCCUCAACCUCGGGGGACUGACCAAUGGCAGCGGGCGGUACAUCUCUGCGGCCCCGGGGGCGGAGGCCAAGUACCGGAGCGCGAGCAGCGGCUCCAGCCUCUUCAGCCCCAGCAGCCAGCUCUUCCCGUCGUCACGGCUACGCUACGGCAUGUCCGACGUCAUGCCCUCCGGCCGCAGCCGGCUGCUGGAGGACUUCCGCAACAACCGCUAUCCCAACCUGCAGCUGCGCGAGAUCGCCGGCCACAUCAUGGAGUUCUCCCAGGACCAGCACGGCUCCAGGUUCAUCCAGCUGAAGCUGGAGCGGGCCACCCCCGCGGAGCGUCAGCUGGUCUUCAGCGAGAUUCUGCAAGCCGCCUAUCAGCUCAUGGUGGACGUCUUCGGCAACUACGUCAUCCAGAAGUUCUUUGAGUUCGGCAGUUUGGAUCAGAAGCUGGCGCUGGCCGAGCGGAUCCGGGGCCACGUGCUGUCUCUGGCGCUGCAGAUGUACGGCUGCAGAGUCAUCCAGAAGGCCCUGGAGUUCAUCCCCUCUGACCAGCAGGUCAUCAGUGAGAUGGUGCGGGAGCUGGAUGGUCAUGUUCUGAAGUGUGUGAAGGAUCAGAAUGGGAACCACGUUGUGCAGAAGUGUAUUGAAUGCGUCCAGCCCCACGCUCUGCAGUUCAUCAUUGACGCCUUUAAGGGCCAGGUGUUUGCUCUCUCCACCCACCCCUACGGCUGCCGCGUGAUUCAGCGCAUCCUGGAGCACUGCCUACCCGAGCAGACCCUCACUAUACUGGAGGAGCUGCACCAGCACACCGAGCAGCUCGUACAGGACCAGUACGGGAACUACGUCAUCCAGCACGUGCUGGAGCACGGCCGCGCCGAGGACAAGAGCAAGAUCGUGGCGGAGAUCCGCGGCAGCGUGCUGGGGCUCAGCCAGCACAAAUUCGCCAGCAACGUGGUGGAGAAGUGCGUGACGCACGCCUCGCGGGCGGAGCGCGCCAUGCUGAUCGACGAGGUGUGCAGCAUGAACGACGGGCCGCACAGUGCCUUAUACACCAUGAUGAAGGACCAGUACGCCAACUACGUGGUGCAGAAGAUGAUCGACGUGGCCGAGCCCACGCAGCGCAAGAUCGUCAUGCACAAGAUCCGGCCCCACAUGGCCACUCUGAGGAAGUACACGUACGGGAAACACAUCCUGGCCAAGCUGGAGAAGUACUACAUGAAGAACGGAGUGGAUCUGGGGCCCAUCUGUGGGCCCCCCAAUGGCAUCAUGUAAAUGUCAUUCCACCCACCCCCCUCCUCCCCUUUAUCCCUCCCCAGCUUUACGCCUCAGAAUGACAGAGGGCUGGGCUGACCUGCGGGACAUGCACACACACGUCACACGCACGCAUACGCACAUACACGCAGAUGCACACGUCACAUACGCACAUACACGCAGAUGCACACACGUCACACGCACGCGUACGCACAUACACGCAGAUGAGCACACACACACACACACACACGCACAAGUAUAUGUAUACUUGCACAUGCAGACACGACCACACACAUGCCUGUACACACACGCACACACCAUUCCCCUGCCAGUCCCUGUAGCCCCUCUUGAAUUCCUGUGAGCAUGCUCAUUUUACGAGAAGCCUUGUCCUUUUUUCUCGCAGUUCUUCACCCCUACUUCUUUCACGAGUAGUUUUGUCUUCUUUUCUACGGCCUACUGUCCUGUGCGCUCUCUCUCUCUGUUGUACCUUCUCACUGGUGUGUAGAAUAAUUGUACAUAGGUGUAAACGGUCCAGUGGCUGCAUAGGGCUGAGCAUUUCUUUACCGUUGCGUUUCUGCUCACGGAGAGCAAGCGAGAGGGAGAGGAGGUAGCGGGGUGGGGCAGAGGGGGUGCGGCUGCUUUUUUCCCCGCCCCCCUCGUCAUCCACGCCCUCCUCUCUGCUUUCCCCCGCCCGUUUUCAAGAAGUUAAUUCAAUCGUUUCACCCUUUUUUUUAUUAUUUGCUAUCACUAUGGCACAAAUAAGAUUUUCAUUUGAUUUUUUUUUCUUUUUAUUCUAUUGGAUUUAAAAGCCGUAUUUAAUUUUCCAUUCAUUUAGCUCUCUUAAUCACAGAAACGGAGCAGGAUUGGGAUGUCCCUGGUGUUUUGCUAACAUUAAGCAGACUUUUUGAUUAUUUAGCAUGGGAGAAAAGUUUUUGGUCUUGCUUAUAUAAAUAGAUAGUGUAUACUUGGUGUAGACUUUUGCAUAUAUAUAUAAAUAUAUAUAUAAAAACUUUGUAGUUUUUUCUGGUUUUUGAUGUUCAAUCUGUAUCUAUAAUGUAUCCUAGUAGUGAACACAUACUUCUGAUUGUAUAAUUGUACAUUUGUAAACCUCCUGUAAUGUAAAUGUGGAAAACUUGGAAUCGCUUAUACAACCCUUUUUCGUAUGAAGAAAAUGCAAAAAAAAUUUAAAAAUUAGAAACCUGUGCAUUUCAGUGUAUAUUCACACUUUUUCGGUUGUGGCAUAUAGUUGUUGUAUAUUGUAAAUUGUAAUAUCAAAUUUUGUUUUGAAAAGCCCUUUCUAUACAGCGUAGUACUUGUACAAAGAACAGAAAUGCUUCAUGGUUUUAACGUGUCACUACUUAAUUUAAACUAAGGAAGAGGAAAAAGUGCUGAUUUAUCGAUGUUUAAAUAAUAUUUUCUUUUUAAGUAGUGACUUUUUUCUUUUUUUUUAAGAUCUUUUUAAAGUAAUGGUUUUCCCUUUUCCUGGGGUUUCAGAGAGGAUAUGUGUCAUGCAGAGUGUUUGGUGGCUUCCAUUGGAUUUGGCCCUUGGCGUUUUGUACAGAAAAGACCUGUGUCUGCAUUCUUUUGUCUACUUGUAAGUGAUUGUAACAUACUGUUGAUUUCCCCCCCCUCCCCCCUUCCUCCUUGUUGAAAUACAGAUUUGGAACACUAUGCGUUGUACAUUUACGAAAGCCUUGUGUAUAUUUCCAAUGAACUUUUUUGCGAGCACACUUGUAACCAUAUGUGUAUAGUUAACAAAAAAUCCUGUGUAUGCUUAUUGCCUGGGUAACUAUUUUUUGUAACUCUGUUGUAGAUUGUCUCUAAACAAUGUGUGAUCUUUUAUUUUGAAACAAAACAAAACAAAAAAAAAUCCUAAAAUUUCA